ACAGAAACUCCAGUCAGGUGCCAGAUGUUGCACCAGGGGUGGGUAGGUGCCGUCCUGUUCUUUCCUUACAACUUGGUAAAGAACCAAACACUGAGGAAGAUUUUGCAUCAGGCCCGUGUGGUGUGUCACUACUACCAGGAGAGACUCAGAAGCUGCCCCAAGCCAUCUCUUCACUGCCAGUGAAACAAAUGGGGGAAGGACCAUGAAGCUGCUGGUGGUCUUUUCCUGCCUGGCCGUACUGCUGCACACAUGCACCUCCUUGCGGAUCUGUGCCUUCAACAUCCAGAGUUUUGGAGACAGCAAGCUGUCUGAUGAGGGGAUCUCAAAAAUUAUUGUGAAGAUCUUGUCCCAGUACGAUAUCGCCCUGGUGCAAGAGGUUCGGGACUCUGACCUCAGUGCUGUCAGCGAAUUGCUGGAGCGGCUGAACAGUGCCUCUAAGCACUCCUACGCCUAUGAGAUCUGUGAGCCCCUGGGUCGGGAGAACUACAAGGAGAUGUACCUCUUCCUCUACAGGACAAAGAGUGUCUCCCUAGUGGACAAGUACCAGUACCCAAACAGAAACAACGCCUUCAGCAGACCGCCUUUCAUUGUGAAGUUCUCACCUCUUGAUGCAAAGGAAGAGUUGCUGAUCCUGGUGCCCCUUCACGCUUCUCCAAAUGAGGCCGUGGCAGAGAUAGACGCCCUCUACGAUGUCUACUUGAAGAUCAUUGACAAGUGGGGGACUGAUAACAUGAUGUUCAUGGGAGACUUCAACGCCGACUGCAGCUAUGUGGGGAAGAAGGACUGGGCCUCCAUCCGCCUGCGUACUAGCGAGUUCUUUAAGUGGCUCAUCUCGGACUCCACAGACACCACCGUGGGCAAGUCCAAUUGUGCCUAUGACAGGAUUGUCGUGAGCGGUUCAAAGCUGAGGAAGUGGGUUGAGCCCCAGUCUGCCAAAGUGUUUGACUUCAAGAGUGCUUUCAAGCUGAGCCAAGAGGAGGCUCUGGCGGUCAGCGAUCAUUUCCCAGUGGAGGUGACGCUGAAGUCUCGCUGAAGCUCCUCGUGGCCUCACAGCCCUGCUUGGACACCUGCGCAUACCAGCAGGGAGUACAUGCAUGGAAACUGCAGGGGCACCUGGCUGCAGCCAUCACUCCCACCCCUGUGUGUGUAUGUGUUUUCACUCCACAGCUACAUGCCCAUCUCAUGACGUGCAUCACUCAGAGAUUUGUGCAGCUGUCUUACACAGAGUCUGACCAUUGUUCCAUCCAGCCCACCUUUUCUGAUUGACAGCUGCUCUCUGAGCUCUCAGGUGAAGGACAGCUUUUUCCUCAUCUUGAGACAUUUUUAACUCAAUGGUGGGAAACAUGUGGCUCUCUCCAAAUGGUGUUGGACGCCAUCUCCCAGCCACUCCCAGCCAGCAUAGUGAAUGAUCAAGAAUGAUGGGAACUGGAAUCUGGAGUCACCUGGUGGGCCACAGAUCUCCCACCUCUGCUUUAGCUGGAGAUGCUGCACUUUCAGCAGGCAAAGCAAGUUCUCUCCCCAGGGCCGGCACCAGAAGGCGGCCAUGUUGGGCCCUGCAGCCCAGAGGGGCCCCUGAAGGACCCCUCCUUAGGGUGGGAGGGUAGCGCUCCUGUUCUGUGAUCCGCAGCAGGGUUGGGUCCUACAACCCAACGCUACCGUGGAUCGUUGAGAGGGAGCUGUCAGGCACUUCCCCAAUACAGAUAGCACAAGCAUCAAAUAUAUCUGUACACACGCCCCACCUACCUCACCCGUCAGUGUGAAUGCUGUGCACGCUGUGUGUGCAUGCCUUCCAUCACCCAAGAUGGCAGCAGGAGCUUCCCUAAGGGGCUGACUACUCCACCACCACAUUGGUCAAUGGCAGGCAUGUGCACUAUGUGAGCACAUCAUUCACACAAUACAAGAGGUAGGUGGGGGACACGGGGGGACUUAUUAGCCGCGCCACCUAUAUUGGGUGUGCAUGUGUUGGACUAUAGUGCCACGGGCCUAGGGCAGGCUGGUGCCCGAGGGCCCACUCAUGCCUGACGCUGGCCCUGGCUCUCCCAGUGUCCUCUGUGUACUGUAGUCUGACGUGACACUGAUGUUUUCCAGCCUGCUUCUGGUCCAUCCCCUUUGCGAGUCACCUGGGUUGAGUUGGAGGGCAUCAAAAAAGCACCGAGAGACCCAACAUGGCGCAGUGCAAGAGUGGGGAAACCUGUGGCCCUCCAGCUAUUGCUUAGCGGAAGGGCUGUAGCUCAGUUGGCAGAGCAUCUGCCUUGCAUGCAGAAGGCGCCAGGUUCAGUCUCCCGGUAGGGCUGGGAGAGACUCCUGCCUGAAACUCUGGAAAGCCGCUGCCAGUCAGUGUAGACAAUACUGAACGAGAUGGCCCAAUGGUCUGACUCUGUAUAAGGCCGCUUCCUGUGUUCCUUGCUGGACUAAAGCGGCCAUCAUCCCUGCCUGCUGACUGUGCUCACAGGGGCUGAUGGGAGAUGGGAGUCCAGCAACAGCUGAUGGGCCACAGGUUCCCCCACCUGGCACAAUGGAUUGGGGAAGAACUGGGUUCAAAUCCCCACUCAGCCGUGAAGCGCUGGAUGACUUUGGAGAGACUUUAACCUACCUCAUGUGGUUGUUGUGAUAAAUAAAAGGGGCAGGGAGGGAACCAUGAACACAUGAUAAAUAAAUAAAUUAUAAAUAGAUAUUAUAUAGAUAU